AUGGCUGCCUCGGUUUCUCGGUCCUUUCUGCGUUCCUUCACGCCGGCCGUGAGAAUCCGGCCUUGUACCGCUUCCAGACCACUCCGUUCGCCAUUCGCGCAAGUCUGUCGUGGAUAUGCCGGAGAACAGCCUCGUUUGCGUCUCGGAGUGACGGCACCGAACUUUCAAGCCAAAACCACCCAUGGCGACAUCGACUUUCACAAAUUCAUUGGCAACUCGUGGACCAUUCUCUUCAGCCACCCGGCCGACUUCACGCCCGUUUGUACGACGGAGUUGGGGGCCUUCGCCAAACUGAAGCCCGAGUUCGAGAAAAGAGGGGUAAAGAUGAUCGGCUUGAGCGCCAACGACCUCAAGAGCCAUGACAAGUGGAUUCAAGAUAUCAACGACAUCUCGCAGACACAAUUGGAGUUCCCCAUCAUCGCGGACCCCGAGCGAAAGGUUGCCUACCUGUACGAUAUGGUCGAUGAACAGGACUUGACCAAUGUCGAUGAGAAAGGCAUUGCUUUUACGAUCCGCAGUGUCUUUAUCAUCGACCCGGCCAAGAAGAUUAGAUUGAUCAUGCUUUACCCGGCAUCGGUUGGCCGGAACACUGCUGAGGUUUUGCGAGUCAUUGAUAGCUUGCAAACGGGCGACAAGAAGGGAAUUACCACACCCGUGGAUUGGACGCCUGGCCAGGAUGUGAUUGUGCCGCCUACACUUUCCACGGAAGAUGCGAAGAAGAAGUUCACCGAUGUCAAAGAGGUCCGGCCAUACCUUCGGUUCACUAGCGGAAACACGAAGUGA